UCUUCCAAAUUGGUUGUGAAUCUUUCAAAAUCGAAGUGAAGAUGAAGAGCUUUAAUCUUGUCUCUCUUUGCUGCCUUUGUCUUUCACUUUCUCUUAUGUUUAAUCUUGCAGCUCCUGCCUUGUUGUUUCAGGGGUUUAAUUGGGAAUCCAAUAAGAAAGGAGGGUUUUAUAACUUCCUCCAAAACUCUAUUGAUGAUAUAGCCAAAGCAGGGGUUACCCAUGUCUGGCUUCCGCCCCCAACUCAUUCCGUUUCGCCUCAAGGAUAUUUGCCUGGGAGAUUAUAUGAUCUUGAUGCAUCUAAGUACGGAACCAAAGCCGAAUUGAAGAACUUGGUCAGUGCCUUCCACCAAAAAGGAAUCAAGUGUCUAGCUGAUAUAGUGAUAAAUCAUAGAUGUGCAGAUAAGAAAGAUGGCAGAGGAAUAUACUGCAUUUUCGAAGGUGGAACGCCUGAUGAUCGCCUUGAUUGGGGCCCUUGGGCUAUCUGCAGGGAUGACACUAAAUAUUCCGAUGGUAGCGGGAAUUUAGACACUGGAGCUGGUUAUGAUGCUGCGCCUGAUAUUGACCAUCUUAAUCCGAGAGUGCAAAAGGAGUUGGUGGAUUGGAUGAAUUGGCUCAAGUCCGAGGUCGGAUUUGAUGGUUGGAGGUUUGAUUUUGUUAAGGGAUAUGCUCCUAGCAUAACCAAAAUUUACAUGGACAAGACUAAGCCAGAUUUUGCUGUAGGAGAACUUUGGGAUUCAAUCACUUAUGAUCCAGAUGGUAAGCCAGACUUCAACCAAGACGGACCGAGAAAUGAACUUGUAGGGUGGGUUAAUGCAGGAGGUGGUGUUGUUAAUGUGUUUGAUUUUACUACCAAAGGUGUUCUUCAAGCUGCUGCUGAAGGAGAAUGGUGGAGAAUGAAAGACUCUGAGGGUAGGCCUAGUGGAAUGAUAGGAAUUAUGCCGAAAAAUGCUAUUACUUUCAUUGAUAAUCACGACACCGGAUCCACGCAGGAGUUAUGGCCCUUUCCUUCGGACAAGGUCAUGCUAGGAUAUGCUUACAUACUAACUCAUCCAGGAACUCCAUCCAUAUUUUAUGAUCAUUAUUUUGAAUGGGGACUGAAGGAAGAAAUCCUUAAAUUGACCUCAAUCAGGCAAAGGAACGGUCUAACUGAAUCAAGUAGUGUGAAUAUAAUGGACGCGGAUGCAGAUGCAUAUGUAGCAAUGAUCGAUGGAAAGGUUAUUGUUAAGGUCGGACCAAGGUUUGAUGUUGGCAAACUUAUUCCCUCGAAUUUCAAGGUUGUUGCUAUUGGUAAAGACUAUUGUGUUUGGGAGAAGCAAGGCUAGCAACAGAUGUUCAUCAAAUUCAUGUGCACUAUGCAUAUAUACAUGCAAUGAAGGCUAAAUGAAUUCAAGAUAUCUAUCUAUACAUUACCGUUAUUUAAGCUUAUCGAUUAUUUUUA